UGUCGGCUACAUUGUCCUUUUGAGUCAGACAAGGAGCGCACUUCUCUACAGGCUGCUGCUGACUAAUUCACAAGAUGCUUGGAAAGACAGUUACUGGGAGUUUUGCAGCUGCAAUCCAUGGUUUGAAAUGCAACCACCUGACAGAGGAAGUUGUUCAGAGAAGCAAACGGAUGAUCCUGGAUACGUUGGGAGUAGGAUUGCUUGGGAUAAACACUGAAGUUUUUCACAAAGUUACUCAAUACAGCAAAAUGUACAGGGCAGAGACAUCCAGCACUGUUUGGGGACAGCCAGAUUUCAGACUUCCUCCUCAGUAUGCUGCUUUUGUCAAUGGAGUGGCUAUACACUCCAUGGAUUUUGAUGACACCUGGCAUCCAGCUACCCACCCUUCAGGAGCCAUUUUGCCAACUCUGCUUGCUAUAGCAGAGACCCUGCCUGCAGACUGUAGGCCCUCAGGCCUUGAUCUUCUUCUAGCUUUUAAUGUUGGUAUUGAAGUACAGGGCAGAUUACUGAGGUUUUCAAAGGAAGCCAGCAACAUUCCAAAGAGGUUUCAUCCUCCUGCUGUGGUUGGUACCAUGGGCAGUGCAGCAGCAGCAGCUAAACUCUUUGGUUUGGACCCCUUCCAGUGUCAAGAGGCCCUUGCUAUUGCAGCAUCCUAUGCAGGUGCUCCCAUGGCAAAUGCAGCCACACAAACCAAGCCUCUUCAUAUCGGCAAUGCAGCUAGGCGGGGCCUGGAAGCAGCAUACCUGGCUCUCUUUGGUCUUAAAGGAAACAGUCAGAUACUAGACAUGGAAUCAGGCUUUGGUGCCUUCUACACAGACUACAUGCCCCAGAGUCUGCCAGAUUUGAGUAGUUAUAGAUGGCUUCUGGAGGAACAAGCUGUGGCAACUAAGCGCUUUCCAGCUCACCUUGGCAUGCACUGGGCAGCAGAUGCAGCAUUGGCUGUAAGGCAGCAGCUGGCGGAUACCUAUUUCUCAGUGCCUGUUGAUAAAAUCAGCAAAAUUAUUCUGGUAGUCCCAAAUGCCAAAUACGUGAACCGACCUUUCCCACAAACAGAACAUGAAGCUCGACAUUCCUUCCAGUUUAAUGCCUGCACUGCCCUUCUGGAUGGAGAGGUCUCCGUUCAGUCAUUUAGUCCUGACAACAUUCAAAGACCACAACUUAAACAACUCUUGGACAAAGUGCAGGUUGAGUUUCCACCUGAUAAUGUGCCCAGUUUUGAUAAAAUGUACUGUGAGGUCUCUGUAACACUACUUAGUGGGGAUACUAUCACAAAACGUUGUGAUACAUUCUAUGGACACUGGAGGAAGCCACUGAGCAAAAAGGAUCUAGAGCAAAAAUUCAGAUCAAAUGCAUCCACAGUGCUUUCUCAAGAAGCAGUUGAAGGGAUUAUAGAAACUGUUGCCAGGUUAGAAAGAGUAAGAGACUGCUCCCUGCUAAGCGCCUACCUACAAAUGAGAGAGCAGCCUUGCUUGAAAUACUCUGUAACUCUUGCACACUGAUGUAUUUGUACAUAAAAUUUGAGAACUACUAGUGUUAAACAUUAUAAUGAAUGCAUUAUAUGAUCUACCACAAUAGCUUCAAGACAGGAUACUUGGAUAAUCUGCAUAUGUCUGAGUACUUUACUUGAUGUACUGUUGUAUGUAAGUCGAAACGGAUGUUAUACAGCAAUGGUGUUGCCCAUUUUGCUUCUUAUCAGACAUUCAACACUAACAAAACUAUACCAUUGCUGAUGUUCCUUACUGUUUCCAAAAAAGAGGUGCACAUUUUCUUCUACUUGUUUUUGGGUUGUAAACCCUUAUAGUUUGUCAGUUACUAGGAAAUAACAGUAGCAAUUAUUUGCUGUCUGUUUAGAAGUAGUCAUCUGGCUCAUAAACUCUACAUUUUAUUUGAAAGGAAUAUAGAGGCGUGGAAGGGAAAGGUGAUGGGACAAUGUUGUGAGUAAAUCCUAAAGAAAUUAGUAGCACAACUAUGCCAGUAUUAUACAAACAAGUCUUUGUUGAAGUACAUACAGUUCAGUAGUACUCAUAUUUGUUUAGGUUUCAGUUAUAAAAUAGUUGGUUCAGUCUAAUUUAAGCUAUAAAUACAAAUGGUGUGAUUUCUUGUUGCAGUUUCCUCUUAACUUUUUGCACUACUGUUAGAAAUUUGCACACUUAAAUUGUAUUACCUUUACAUGGUUUAACUUGUGAAAUAUCUAAUUUUAAUCUGAUUUUAUGAAGAUGUGAACCUCUGUGAAAUAGCCUUAAUUGGUAGCAAUGUAAAUAUACUGUAUAUGAAAAUGGACUAUAAUAAUAUAUUGUUUUCAUUCAUGUUUAGUAUUGUGCUAUAAACCUAAUAAAUGAUAAUUUAGUAAA